AUGAUCUGGUCGAUCUCUGUAGACUUGUGGGGCUCGAGGAUGUACAACAUGAUGAACCAAUUCCAAAAAAUCUUCGUCGUCCAACCAGUCUGCACACCAACAUCGCCCGAUCAAAGCGAAUGCGUUCAACCCCCAGCAACUGAAAAACCGCCCUGCGAUCCUAGUAAAGACCCGCAAUGUGCCGAAGUACCAUCGGAACCUACUGAACCAGGAUUGGUCACCAAAGCGCCCGAGGAAUCCAAGCAACCAUCACCGAAAGAACCGACGGAACCGGGACUUGAAACUGAGGCUCCUAGUCCUAAACAAGAGUCUCCGGCAACAUUGGAAAGCAGAUUUAAGGAAGAAACCAGUGCACCUCCAGACACUGAUAAGGAACCUGUUACACAACCUGGACCAGGUCAUUACGCCGUUAUGCCGAUACGCCGCGCCGUUUCUAGGAUAGUGUGGCUGCACCCUGAUACGUCUGAUCACAGCAACGUAGCCAACUGUUCGAAACUUUCCAUUAAAGCAGAUUAA